AACGAAAGCAUCAGUGCUGUCGCCGCUGUGGGCACGUGAAUGUUGACCUUAACUCUACAACUUAAUGAACGCAGGAAUAUAUCGACUGUUAAUUUGAAUUUUUGUUUGUUUUUUACCCUUAGAUCUAGCAGCCUAAAUAUAAAAUGCGACCGAUCGCUGACACUGGAGAGCUCGCGUCUUUUAUGAAUCGUGAAGUGCCCCGUCGGUUCUGAAUGUUUCUCGCUAGUAGAAGUCUCGCGUCAGCCCUGUGUCUUCGAGUUGCAUGUACGGCAGGUAAACGACAGCCGAGCGUCUGCUGUGUGGCAAUUCGGAGCACUUUUCUGCGGCCGCUCCUGUCGCCCAGCAUGGCCACGGCGCCGUACACGGAGGGCUACUCGAGGAAAAAGGCGAAGCCGCCAAAGGACACACUGAGGCACAUUCGAAACCGAGAGCUGCGGCGGAACUCCGAGCAGCACGGACCCGCCAUCGUCUACGUGCAGGUGGUGGGAGCCGGCAGCCGUGACAACAAUCCUUCAGUGUACGUCUUCUCGGACUGUAACAGGUAUUUGUUCAAUUGUGGCGAAGGAACACAACGGCUCAUGCAGGAACACAAACUCAAAGUUUCCCGUUUAGAUAACAUCUUUGUGACGAGGAUGAGCUGGGAGAAUGUGGGUGGCUUGUCUGGAAUGAUCUUAACCCUGAAGGACACUGGCGUUCCUGAGUGUGUGCUUUCUGGACCGCCACAGCUGGGAAAAUAUGUGGAUGCCAUUCGUGCGUUUUCUGGACCACUGGAAGAAAUAAAUAUAGCUGUCCGUCACUUCACUGACCCGCCACACUCUGACAACACCAUGACUGUUCAUCAGGUGCCCAUUUUUGCCAAGCUAAAGCCCACCAAGAGGAAGCAUUCCCCUAGCUCAGAUACAGCCUCCCCAAGCCAGUCCCCUCGGGCAGACCAGGAGGAAAAUGAAAACUUUACAAGUGACCCUGAUCAGAGCUGUGGUAGUAAAGGUGCAAGUCCAAGAAAAUCAAGAAAAGAUCAAUCAUUAGUUGUGGCUUUCAUCUGCAAGCUUCACCCUAAGAAAGGAAAUUUUUUGGUUGCUAAGGCCAAGGAGCUGGGGUUGCCUGUUGGAACAGCAGCAAUAGGUCCAAUAAUUUCACAACUGAAAAAUGGAAAGAGUGUCAUGUUUGAAGGAAAGGAGAUUCUUCCUGAAGAUGUAUGCACACCUACAGACCCUGGGCCAGUGUUUAUAGUCGUGGAGUGCCCCAGUGAGGAGUUCAUUGACCCAGUCUGCAAUAAUGAGCAUCUUAAUCGCCAUUGUGUCGGAGGUAGUGAAGACCCAGCAGCCCUGGUGGUGCACAUGACACCUGAAUCAGUUUUGCAGAGUGACAAAUAUAAAGAAUGGCUUGAGAGGUUUGGACCCAACACAGAGCAUCUUAUUCUAAAUGAACAGGUACAGAGGCUUCAUAACCUUCGAAGUCACAAGAUUCAGACUCAGCUUAAUUUAAUUCACCCAGAAAUUUUCCCCAUUUUGAAGGACUACCCAUUUGAGAAGUGGCCUGCCCUGCAAGUGCCCACCGUUAGAGGGGAAUGCCUGCUGAAGUACCAGCUCAGACCCAAACUGGAGUGGCAAAGAGAAUGUAUUCCUGUGUCUGAUGUUCCAGAGUUCAUCGAUGAAGCAAACAAGCUGCCAGGAUUCUUGGAACGAGUGGAGGAAUGCAAGAAAUCCCUGGCUGUGGAUCCCAUGAAUUUAUCUGUGGACUCGUUCCCUGAGGUGGUUUUCCUUGGCACCGGUUCUGCUCUGCCCAUGAAAAUCAGGAAUGUCAGUGCUACACUUGUGAACAUCAGUCCAACACAGGCAAUUUUGCUCGACUGUGGAGAAGGCACUUUUGGACAGCUUUGUCGUCAGUAUGGCAGCGAUGCAGACAAGGUCCUGAGCAAUUUGUCCGCCGUAUUUGUUUCACAUUUGCAUGCGGAUCAUCACACGGGCCUUUUACAGCUGCUGUUACAGCGAGAGCGAGCUUUGAAUUCCUUGGGAAAGCCCUUCAGCCCCAUUCUGUUAGUCGCUCCUGUUCAGAUAAUGACGUGGAUUAACCAGUACCACAACCACUGUCAGGACAUCCUUAGACACAUAAAUGUCAUUCCAAACAAGUCAUUAAUGGAGGGAGCGGAAGUUCCAAAUGACAAAAUUAACUCUCUUAUCCAACUUUUGAUGAAGAAGCUGGACCUGGCAAAGUUCCAGACCUGCUUGGUUCGCCAUUGCAAGAAAGCCUACGCCUGUUCCUUAACACAUCAUUCUGGCUGGAAAAUUGUAUUCUCCGGUGAUACGAUGCCUUGUGAAUCUUUGAUAAAGAUGGGAGAGAAGGCCACCUUGCUUAUUCAUGAGGCAACCCUGGAGGAUGGAAUGGAGGACGAAGCCGUUGAAAAGAAACACAGCACCACUUCUCAAGCCAUUGAAGUUGGGAUGAAAAUGAAAGCAGAGUUUAUAAUGCUGAAUCACUUCAGCCAGAGAUACGCUAAAAUCCCCCUCUUCAGCGCCGACUUCAAUGAGAAGGUGGGAAUCGCUUUUGAUCACAUGAGGAUCCGGCUGAGCCACUUUAACACCAUUCCCAAACUAAUCCCGGCUUUGAAAGUGCUGUUUGCAGAGGAGAUCGAGGAGAUGGUGGAGCGGCGGGAGAAAAGAGAGAUGCGGCAGAUGAAAGAAGCGCUCAUGAACUGUCGACAGCAAGCUGGCCCCACGAGGCCGCCUUUAAAUGCUGUGGUGAAAUCGGACUCGGCACUCAAGGCAGAUUCGGCAGGAGCCAGUCACAGCAAUCAAAGGGAGGAGGUGGAGGAAAGCGAGGAGACGGCCCCCAAAAAGCUACGAACCAGCUGAAGACUGAGCAAUAACGUUGGCGCCGUUGCCCUCCUACUUUAUCACGAGACCAGUCUCUGAGAGAUUGGAGAGGAUUUUAUUUAAGAAUUCCUGGUUGCAGAAAACAUGGCAGUGACUAGCGCUAAGGAAAAUGUGGAGCUAGUAUGGGGCUACCCUGUAGGUUAAAAUAAAGCCCAUUUAUUUUUAGGCU